AUGUCCGAAGAAGUGACUAUUGAAAAGAUUUCUAGACCAGCUAUGCUGUCUCCUCAAUCGUCCCGGCAGCUAUUGAUGAGAAAAGAAGUGGACGUUGAUAACAAGUUCGCUGAUCUUGAGGCUACUCAAACUUAUAACGAGCAAACGAGGCCUGUUGAGUCUGGCGUAAAGAGACCCAGCUUCAUUCAGGAUGACGGAUUGUUUUAUCCGGAAGGUGGGUUUGCCGCAUGGUUGGUGAUAUUCGGUUGUUUUUGCGGGUUUAUUCCAGUUUUCGGUAUGUUGAACACUAUUGGUGUCAUGGAAAACUUUAUUGAAAGAAACCAGUUGUCGAGUACCUCAUCAUCUACCGUAGGUUGGAUUUUCUCCAUUUUUUCGUUUGUUAAUUUCGCAAGUUGCAUCUUUUCAGGAACUUAUUUUGACAGAAACGGUGCCAAGGGCCCAUUGAUUGUUGGUUCUGUACUGCAUGUUGGUGGGCUCUUUGGUAUGGCUAAUUCUACUGAACUCUGGCAGUUCAUCUUGUCCUUUUCAAUCGUUACCGGACUUGGUAAUGGUAUUCUAAUGAGUCCAUUGAUCAGUGUGCCUUCUCAUUACUUCCUGGUUAAGCGUGGUACCGCAACUGCAAUAGCUACCACUGGCGGUUCCAUCGGUGGUGUCAUUUUCCCUGUUAUUCUAAGAAAGUUCUUUGCAAUGGAGAAGGACUCGGACCCAUUUUAUGGUUUCGUAUGGGGCCUUAGAACUUUAGGAUUUGUUAAUUUGUUCCUAUUGAUUGUCGCUUUAGUCUUAGCAAAGGAGAGAUUGCCACAUAAAAAGUUAAAUGAACGUGAAAGAGCAAUACCUACUUGGAGGCGUGUUUUCAACACUUACAUCUUGCAAAGUUUUGAUAUCUUCGGUUUCAAAGAUUUGAAGUACACUUUCUGUGUCAUGGGAACUGUGUUUGGUGAAAUUAGCAUAAUCUCUGGUAUCACCUACUUCACCUCAUAUGCAAUGAAACAAGGUCUAUCGCAAUCUGAUAGUUAUCUAUUGGUCAUGGUAGUUAACCUUGCCGGUAUACCAGGGAGAUGGUUACCAGGAUUCUUCAGUGAUAUCUUCGGAAGGUUUAACGUUGCAAUGAUUACGCUAGUGUUUCUUGGCAUAAUAACUUUUGUGAUGUGGUUACCUUUUGCCACUACCAGAGCGGUGUUAUUCGCAUUCAGUGCCAUUUAUGGAUUUUCUUCCGGAAGUAUCUUCAGUAUCUUACCUGUCUGCUGUGGACAAAUCUCAAAGACUGAAGAAUUCGGAAGAAGAUAUUCUACAAUGUACUUUGUUGUCGCAUUUGGUACUUUAGUAGCAGUUCCUAUUACAGGUGCCAUCAUCGGACCAGAAAAGAGUUUCAAGGGCUAUGACCACUAUGUAAUUUGGUGCGGUGUCACGUCAUUUGUCUCUGCUAUAUGUUAUAUGAUUUCCAAGACAUUAGCAGUGGGCUUCAAUAUGAAGAGAUUCUAA